UUAAAUACCACACAUAUGGCUCAUGUAUUAGUUUACUUACUUAUAAGAUUACUUGCAGCCCAUAUAUGUUGUGUUGAUAAACCAAAACUAAAAAAUAUUUUUCAGUCAACAUGCCUGAUUUUAUAUGCCAGCUGCAAUCGACGCUACUGCGCAGGUGCCACACUAAUACAGCUUUACAGACACGUGCGCUCAGGUGCCGCCAUGUACCGCUCACUUUCUCCAAAUUUGGUUCGACCUAACCUGCCCUUGAGGAAACCAUCAUCGAGCCCCGUGGCUCAUUGUGCGACGCCUUCUUCAAGCCGUCUCACCGUGCCCAAUGCAACACCAGUGCGCCCCGCCACAGACGCCAGUGGAGACAGUAUAAUAAAUUCACCAGUCAGCAAGGAUACAUCUGCAGUGUUAGGAUCCAUGCCACCAGCACUGACUGUAAACUUCUGCAACUACUGUGGUCAGCAAGGAAAUUUUCGCUGCAAACGCUGCAAGAGGACGCCCUACUGCUCUGUGGCAUGUCAGACCGAAGACUGGAAUGCACACAGACACAUGUGCAAGUCCUUUGAUCCAGAACCUGCCAAAGAGAUGGCAAAGGAAACUACAGUUUCACCUGUGACAGUAGACAGAGCUGGUCUGCUUGAGUCUAAGCAGGAUGCUUCCAGCAUCCAGAGGGUCUAUUUGAAGGACUUGCAAAUGGCUAAAAUCAUAAAGGGAACUGACAUCCAGGCGUCUGUUGUAGAGUACUACAGCCCUGGUAGAUUUUUCCUUCUUGCCCAAAGCCCUGAGCUGCUAGAGGCUCUGCACAGCAUCAGCACACAGCUUCAGAAAACGAACUGCAGCCCUUCAGUGAUGACAUACAAACCCCAUGUUGGAGAGGUUUGCGCGGUUCAGUUCUCCUGUGAUCUGAUGUGGUACCGAGGCCUCGUCCAGACUUUGGCUACUGACCAGAAGACAGCUAAUAUCCUUUACAUUGACUUUGGCAAUGAAGAGAAUGUCCCUGUGGACAGGAUUAAGCCUUUGACUGCUAAUAUCCCGCCAUUUUGUCCAUGUGCAAUGGAGUGCUGUAUCGCUGGGGUGGUGCCAGUGGUUGACAAGUGGUCGGGCGAGUGCUGUAUUGCAGUGAAACAGCUGCUGGCCGGCAAGACUGUGACUGUUAAACUCGUGGACACACUAGAGGAUGGUCGCGUCCAUACUGUGGAUAUCCUGCUUUCCAAUGGAAAGCAGCUGAGCACAUUCCUCUUUGAGCACGGUUAUGCAGAAGAAGAAAUGGUCAAUGUAAUACCAACUGAGCAAGAAAUAAAUGCCAUGGUGAGUGCAUCCUUGGAAAACUUCAGGCGUCUCUCUGAUGGGAAAGAUGACAACACCUGGGCUCAGCCUCCAGAGCCACUGACACAGGCGGUGGGUGACUCCUUCACUGUUGUGGUCACCCACCUCCAGUCACCCGAUGAAAUUAUUGUGCAGAAGGUGGAGAACGCUGGAAUGAUUCAGGAGUUGCAGCUGAAGCUGAGGGAACACUGCUGUCAGGCUCUAGCCCGACAGAACUUCAGACCAGCCCCUGGCACAGUUUGCUGUGCCCAGUUCUCAGAGGACAAGCAGUGGUACAGAGCUAAAGUUCUGGCUUAUUCGUCAGAGGAACGUGUCUGUGUGGGCUACAUUGAUUUUGGCAACUCUGAGGAGGUGGAUUUAGGCCACCUGCGGCCUAUCAGCACUUCACUACUGGCCCUGCCCAUGCAGGCUAUGCCUUGUGGCCUAGCAGGGGUGCAGCCUGUUGGAGAAAGCUGGUCAGAGGACUGUCUGUUGGCUCUGCAACGAAGGGUAUCGAACAGAAUCCUGCGUGUUGAGAUCCAGGGAGCGCAUGACGGCAAGGCUUUGGUGGCCAUGAUUGAUGAGUCCAGCGAUCCUCAGGGAAAUGUAGCCGAGCUGCUAAGUGCUGGUGGUUUUGCUGCACAUGCUCCUGUUGCCACCAGUAGCGACCAGCAGGCUGACCAGACAACUGCUGCUGUGGAACCACAUGUGCCAGUGGGGAGCCGUGUUGAAAUGUGCUCUUCAGUGCCUGACCCAGUCCCUGAGCCUCUGGUGUGGUCUUACACCGAGCUUGCCUGUGACGGCCAGACAGUGGCACUGCUAGCCACUGUCGUGGAGAACCCUGGAAAGUUUUACUGCUGCAUCAACAAUCAAACAGACCAACAGCGGCUGAUAGAGCUGGGGACAGAGUUGAAACAGCAUUGUGAGGCAGAUUCCUCACCUUUUGUGCCCAAAGUGGGAGAGCCCUGUUGUGCUAUGUUACCUGGUGAUGGAGCGUGGAGUCGUGCUAUGGUCAACGAGCUGUCUGAAGACGAUGUGUCUUUAAACUUUGUGGACUAUGGUUGUACCACGAAAGUCAAAAAGAACCACCUUCGAUCCAUUACAUCCCAACUCCUGACCCUACCCUUCCAGGCAAUACGCUGCUGGAUCUCAGGUGUGGAGCCUCUGGGGUCAGAAUGGAGCAGUGAAGCCCAGGUGUGGUUCCAGUCUCUGGUGGAUGGCGAGCAGCUUUCUGCACGUGUCCUUUCUUUCACUAAACAAGGCUACGGUUUGGAGCUGGAGAGCAGAGGGCAGAAUGUGGCAGCUGCCCUAAUUUCUGAGCAACUAGCCAAAGCUCCUGGAGCGAUUCCCAAAGAGAUGCGUGUAACCACAGGCUCUGGAGCCCUACACCAAGAGGAAAUAAAGGAAAAUGAGCACAGCCAAGUACAUGCACAAGCCUCCAGCCAGACAGGAGACCGUUCUAAAGAGACCUCAACUAAAGGACUGACUGCAACACUGUCACAAGCACCUUCUUUCCCAGUGGACUGGAAGACAGUAGAGCUGCCUCUCAACGAGACCUUUCAGCCUUGCUUUGCAGCUGUCGUCAGUCCUUCCCUCUUCUACCUGCUCGGUCCUAGCCAGGUGGACCAGCAGAAGCUCAAGGAGGUGAUGAUGGAGCUGGCUGCCUCCUGCAGCAACAACCAAGCCUCCUCAUCCUCCACCGUCCUCAGCAGACCAGCUCCUGGGGCCGCCUGCUGUGCCCGGUUCUCUGUUGACAAUAACUGGUACCGUGCGGUUGUCCUGGAGGUCAGUGAGAAUGAGAUGAGCGUCAUCUAUGCAGAUUACGGCAACAGUGAAAAGGUGCCAUUCUCCCGUAUCUUACCAAUCCCCAUGCACCUGCUGCAGCUUCCCUUUCAGAUCACUCGCUGCACCCUCACUGGUAAAGAACAUUUCCCUGCAGUGAUGCCAGAGGAAGUGCAACAUAUGUUUCAAAGCCUGCUGUUGGAUGGCGUCCUCGCAACUGUGCAGUCCUUCGAUGGCUCUGCUAACGUGCUCUCAUUAACUCUGCCUGUUGAGAGGGGCGGAGGCCACCUCACUGCCAUGAUCCUGGAUGCACUGCAGGCCACCGUCAAGGCCAGGAGUGAUUCUGCAGUAAAUACAAUAGGAUCUGACUGCCCCCAGCCCAAGAUAACCGAGGAUCCUCAGGCCUCUGGCUGCUGCUGUGUGAGCCUGAAGACUGAGAUGGACCACCUGAAACAGUUGAUGCAGCAGCAGAUAUCUCUCAUCAAACAGUUACUGGAACAGAUGAAAUAAGAUUGACCAAGUACAUAACUUUAUAGUUCACAAACUUGUUGCAAUCUAGUAUAUUGUGUUUUUGUUUUGUUCAUUUAAAACAAGUUAAUUCUGAAUGUGGCCUCCAGGAGUGGCCACCCAGCCUCUGAUUUUAAUUUGGUCAGCAUAUUUCAGAAGUUGCCAUUAAGCUUUUAAUUUUGCUUUUUAAUUUUGUGUCCUUAAUGCUAAAGGUCUACACUGUUAAGGGUUUUUAACCUGUGGUUAAAUUCAGUCACAUUCUCACCUUUUUUAGGUUUUAAUAUUCCUGGAGGUUUUCAGAAAAAAAUGCUGAAUGCACUUUUUG